CCGAUGGGCGUGGCUGGGACGUGUGCCAAAAUCUCUGUUUUGACUCGCCUGGGAAAGUUAAGCAAAAAGGCACAUAAAGAACAUCCCACUUCAAAAAAACUUCACAUUAUCUCUCCGGUGGACGAGACCAGUCGGUCCAUCUUGACAGAUAUCGGGAUUUGAUUUGUUUGUUGUUCGAGCUGGCGGAAGAUAAAUUGUGAUGGACGAGUUAACAAGACAGAUGGACUUCUCAGGAGGCUUGUCGGAAGAAAAGGUUGUGCGAGAAACCUUAAUCUCCACAUCCAGACUGACUUCUCUCCCACCAAAGGGAACCAGCGGAUCAAAUCACAGGAAUAUGUCCAGCAGUGCUGGAGGGCUGGGCUUGGAGAAGAAUGUCUUAACCCAGAACAGCAGUGGAACUUAUUUUUCUUCAUCUUCUGUAGGUGUGAACACCAGCAGCUACAGCUCCUCCUCAGGAGUUUACCUCGGAGGAGACUCCUCAGGAGGUGAUGGAGGGGGGAUCUUCAUGGACGGAGAGGGGUACAGAAUUGCAGGAGGAGGAGGAGGCAGCGGAGGAGGAGGAGGAGGAGGAGGGGGCGGCAGUUAUCUCGUGAGCUCGGUGUCAAAGGUCAGGUCCAGCUCAUCGGGUGGUGCCAGGAGAGCGCAGACUGCUGGCUCAGCAGGAGGCCUGUCUCCAGUUUGCCGGGAGAGAAAGAACAUAUCCAGCCGCUCAGGAGGUUAUGACGGAAGUUCCAGUGGCAAUUCCUCUCCAGAGUUUUCACGCAAAGAUUAUGGAAUCUAUUGCUCCAGCGCCACAAGAGGGAGGAGCGAAAGCAGAGAGAGCGAGAUCAGAGCCAGGUUACAAAGUGCCUCUCCUUCCGCCAGCAGAUGGACGGAGCUAGAUGACGUGAAGAAGCUGCUGAAGGGACGCUCCUGCAGCGUCAGUCCCACUCGCUCCUCCAUCACCCUGCCUGUCCCGAAAAAGGCCAGCGUGGAAACCAAGACGGUCUCCGUGGCCUCUCAGUCGGGUUCAACUUCAUUUGGCUCUGGUGUGAGAUCAGCUGGGUUCCAAACCAUUGACACGUCAGGCCUUUAUGAUACCAGCAUGACAUCUGGGCAGUUUGAUACUGGUGUAAAAUCAGGCCAGUAUGAUGUUGGUCUGAAAUCAGGCCAGUAUGAUACUGGUGUGAAGUCAGGACAAUAUGACAUAAGUUUGACAUCAGCCCAGUAUGACACUGGUGUAAGAUCAGCCCAGUACGACACUGGUGUAAGAUCAGCCCAGUACGACACUGGUGUAAGAUCAGCCCAGUACGACACUGGUGUAAGAUCAGCCCAGUACGACUCUGGUGUAAGAUCAGCCCACGAUACUGCUGUGAGAUCAGGCCAGUAUGAUUCUACUGUGAGAUCAGGCCAGUAUGAGAGUGCUGUGAGAUCAGGCCAGUAUGAUUCUACUGUGAGAUCAGGCCAGUAUGACACGCUGGAUGCAACCCUUCCUUCUUUCUCUUGGUCCACCUCGACCUUGCCCUCCGCCUCCACCACAGUGGUCGCUGGUAACACCAGCAGCUACGCGUCCGGCACCAACAACAUGUCGGGAGGAUUGGCGCCGCUCGGCCUCACCUCACCCUCGUCCCUGUCAGUUUACGGCUUUCAGAAUAAUCUGGCUCCCACUUCUCCCAGUGUGCUCACAACCAGUGGAGGCAACACACAUGCUUCCGUUGGAGGUUAUGGCGUUCAGAAGAACUCGUCAAAUGGUGGGGGUUUCAUCAGCUCUGGAGUCUCUACAACCACUCGAUCCCAACCUGAUGAUUCAUAUAAGAAAGACUACAAGUUCCUGAUCUCUGACAAGGAGAACUUUCCAGCCAAGAGGGAUACAGAAAGGCUCAUUUUGGCCAAAGACAGCGGGAAGCAGUUCACCAGCAGCCGCGUUCAGGUGGGAGGAGGGUCGAUAUCAGGAGAUUCAAUGAAGAAAGAGAAGCUCAUUUCCAGCUACACUGAGACAAUGCCACUGAAGUCAGAGACAGGCAACUCUUACUAUGGAUCAUCUGGUGUUAUAAUGAAAGACAAAGCCACCUAUGCAGAGAUUCACAAGGACAACGGCAUCUUCGGAGGAGGUGGACUAUGCUGCUGCUCCGACGCUUGUUGCUCUUGGUGGAAAUGGCUGCUGGGUCUUCUCCUCCUCUCCCUGCUCCUGCUUGGACUCCUGUUUGGGCUCAUUGCACUGGCUGAAGACGUGAGAAAGCUGAAGAAUCGAGUUGCUACGCUGGAGGCCGAGUCCUCGGUGGCUCACUCCAGCCGGCUGUCAGGUUCUUCCAAUGACCUCAACAUCUAUGGGGCCACUGGAGCUGGAGCUGGAGGUGUAGCUGGAGGUGUAGCUGGAGCUGGAGCUAGAGCUGGAGCUGGAGGUGUAGCUGGAGCUGGAGGUGGAGCUGGAGCUAGAGCUGGAGCUGGAGGUGUAGCUGGAGCUGGAGGUGGAGGUGGAGGUACCGCCCACACUGACAACACGCUGCAUCUUGGCGCCGGAGGUGGAGGCUCGGGCUCCAGAACACGAAUCAUGAUUGCAGCUGGUGGCGGCGGCGUUGAUGGUGCUGGAAAUGGAGUUGACGUCUUUGGAGAUGGUUCUGCUGGCGCCAAUGGGGCUGUGGCCACUGGGGCCAGUGCUGGUGGAGGUGCCGGUGCCAGUGCCGGCGGUACUGGCACUAGUUCCAGUGGCAGUGCCAGCAGAAGCGUCAAUACUGGUACCAGCUUCAGUGGCAGUGCUGGCGGCACUGGUCUCGGGACCGGAGUGAGUGGAGGACACAUAGACGCUACUUCUCUUCAGAUGACGAUCCAGCGGAUGUUAAGAACUGAAAUGCAGUCGCAGUCAUACAGAGCUUUUCUAGCAUCGUCAGUGCAGGGAGAUAGAGGAAUGCCUGGACCUAAAGGUGACUCUGGAACUAAAGGAGAUUCUGGUUUCCCUGGACUUCCAGGUGCUCCUGGUGCAGUGGGACAUGCAGGUGCUGAAGGUCCAAAAGGACAGAAAGGAAGCCUUGGUGAUCAUGGCGUGGAUGGUGCACCAGGCAUCAGAGGUCGCGAGGGCCCGUCCGGCCCCAGAGGCGAGGCUGGACCUUCAGGCUUUGGAUCGAAAGGUGAAAGAGGUGCCACUGGGGAUACUGGGUCUGUCGGCCCGAUUGGACCAAAAGGUGCAUCUGGAGUUCCUGGACUUUCUGGAGCACCAGGUCUUCAGGGUUUCCGUGGCGAGGCAGGGCGACCUGGGUCUAAUGGGGACAGAGGGCUGGUUGGAAUCCAGGGACUUAAAGGGGAAACUGGUGACACAGGUCUCAGAGGUGUGAAAGGUGAACCAGGACUGCAAGGGUCAACAGGAGAGAGAGGACCCAAAGGGUCAAUUGGGUUGACUGGAGUUGAUGGAUUGAAAGGAUCAAGAGGUGACCAGGGAUCUGCUGGGCCACCUGGACUCAGAGGUCCUGCUGGGCCUCCUGGAGAUGAUGCACUUUCAGGAACCCACAGGCUUCAAGGACCACCAGGGAUACCAGGGAAUCCAGGAAGACCCGGAGAUAAAGGUGACGCAGGUGAACCAGGAAGAAUCAUCAAUGCAGGUGGCUCCACGUCUUUCAGCGUCCCGGGACCACCCGGGCCUGCUGGUCCUUCCGGUUCUGCAGGUCUUCCAGGAUUAUCAGGUCCCAUUGGCCCUGCUGGUCUGCCUGGCCAACCUGGUGCUAAAGGUGACAGAGGGUAUAGGGGAGAGCAGGGAGAACACGGAAUAACAGUGAGAACAUCUGAAAGUCUCAAUUCAAGGCAGUUCAGUGCCAGUGGAGGUUCAGGACAACCUGGCCCACCCGGCCCACCGGGUCAACCUGGACGUCCAGGAGAUUCAAGACAAGGACCCCCAGGACCGGCUGGACCUGCAGGUCCUCCAGGUUAUGGAAGACCAGGACCUAAAGGAGACAGAGGAGACGCAGGCUUUGCAUCCAGCUCUGGAAAUUCCCAAACUGGACAACCGGGACAACCGGGACCACCGGGACCACCUGGGCCUUUUGGGCCCAAAGGAUCAACAGGUACUCUUGGACCAAGAGGUUACCAAGGUGAACCAGGCCAGGCAGGUGUGCCGGGUACCCCUGGAAGACCAGGAAGCUCUGAGAGAGUGUCGACUUACGGAGGAGGAAACGGGGUCCCUGGACCACCAGGUCCACCGGGAAUUCCUGGACUUCGUGGACCACAAGGUUUUAAAGGGGACACUGGAGCUUCUGGUAUUUCUGGCUCUUCAGGAGGCUCCAUCUCAGUCACCUCUGGCCCUCCUGGCCCCGCAGGUCCUCCUGGUCCUCCAGGCGUGCCUGGCUCCUUUGCUUCUUCCAGUGACAUGCGUCAAUACAUCAAUGACCAUCUAAGUAGAAGCAGACAGUCUAAUAUCCCCGGACCUGCAGGUCCACCUGGGCCUCCAGGAAUCCCUGGAACCUUUUCAGGCUCUAUCGAUGACAUCGCCAUUCGUAUCAUUGCAUAUCUGCAACGUCCGGGCUCAGGCUUCAGCAAUGGUGUUCAGGGUCCUCCAGGACCACCUGGUCCACCUGGACCUAGUUAUGGCUCUGGCUCUGGGUCCCUGACGGUCAGCGGUCUCAUCAUUAUGCUUCAGAGAGAAGAUGUGAGGAGAUAUCUGUCAGGACCACCAGGGCCACAAGGACCACAGGGACCACCAGGCCAAUCAGGAGGAGUUUCAGGCAGUUACAAUGUUGAGGAGAUAGCCGCAUACAUCUUCAAAAUCAUGAACGACAGAGGGAUUGCUAGAGGUCUGCCCGGCCCACCCGGUCCUGCUGGGCCUUCUGGUGCCGGGGGUUCUGGCUUCACUACAGCUACGAUUGACUAUUCUCUACUGAUGAGAAAUCAAGACUUCCGCUCUUGGAUCAACUCCGCCGUACAACACGGUCCUCCUGGUCCUCCGGGUGUCCCGGGGCAAACUGGCUCUCCUGGUCCUCAGGGGCCGGCAGGAGUCUCCACUGCCACUUCAUAUGGUUCGGAAGGUCGUGGCUACAGCUUGGAGGAUAUUCAGCGUUACCUGCAGGGUUCUGGUUUCAGAGGUGUUCCUGGCCCUCCUGGUCCUCGAGGUCCUCAGGGACUACAGGGUCCACAAGGCAGUGGACAAACUUCCUACAAUGGAAACUUCCCUCGGGAGAGUAUCCGCGCUGAAGUUCAAGAGUAUCUGACCAGUGACGGUGUUCGUCGUUCCAUCAUCGGAACUCCGGGGCCUCCAGGACCGAGGGGUCAGAAGGGAGAACGUGGAGAGUCGGGUUACAUCCAGAGCCACGAGCAGACCCAGAGAUACUCUCAGGGUGACUCUCGAUACGGCUCCGAGACCAGGGAUAUCGAUAGCGUCGCCAUAAAGGUUACAGACUACAUCAAGACUCAAGGCCUGCUGCAGGGGUAUCUGGUUGAGGGUCCUUGGAGGGGGAAUGUGAGAGCGGUUCAAGGACCCCCUGGUCCACCUGGCCCCGUCGGACCUGCUGGUCAGAGCCGCGUCAUCGGUUCCUAUGGCAACGUCACAGCUGACCUCAUGGAGUUCUUCAGAACGUACGGCACCAUCCCCGGCCCUCUCGGAGGCCCUGGACCAAGGGGUGCACAAGGGCACACAGGACCCAGAGGAGAAAAGGGCGAUGCCGGGCGCCCAGGUUUACCGGGUAUACCCGGCUCCUACACUGUCCAAAUUCCACACAGAGUGCAGAAGAGGGAUGCAGGAGAGAAAAUUGUUGGUCGUCGCCAUCGCCGUCACGCCAGUAGUGGCUAAACAUACUACUGGGUCGAUUUAUUUGUAGUCAUCUUUUUUUUUUUUUAGGUGUUAAACUGUAGCAAAACAAGUAGUCAAAACGUUUUUUUAUUGUUGCCAGCUGUAGAACAAUCACAAGACAAUUUGAGAAAAUAAAACGCAAUAAGGCUCUUUAAAACUGUUUUAAAAAAUUUAGCUGCUGGGCAGUGUCUUUGUCAUACAGACUUUAUUUUUAAAUGUGGGUGUAUAAUGUUUACUUUUCUAAGUUAGCUUGCAAUCAAAUUGUUUUUUCUAGGGGCCGCUUUGUUUAAGAGAAUAUCUCUUUUUAGGCAAUAAGUAGCUGAAUAAUGUUAUAAAUGGCACUUUGCAUCUUUUCCCACUGCUCGUGUAACUUGAUCUACUGGUGUACGUAUUUUUUCUAUUCAUUGUCUUUUGAGGAUUAUAUUGUAUUGUGGAUUAUACUAGUGUUAAAUGUUGCAUUAAGGUAACCCUUCAAUGUUUCAUAAAUCCCUUAAAUAUUUUCAUAUUAAUUAAUAUAAAAAAUGUAGCCAACCUCCAGCCUGUUAGUCAUCCAUUCACCCCGAACAAAUUACAAAACAAUUUACAUUUGUUAAAUAUAUAAAGGAAUGCAUCAUUACCAGUCAGAGUGAGGGUCAUUUGUGCAGCAGGGAGGGGACUUUGGGGACAGUAAAUAUUGCUGUAGUGAAGACUGAUGAUUUACUUGAAAGGUUUGUUGGUAAAAUAAAUAAAUAGCAUUGGUCGCAUGGUUGAAAGAAAGAUAAUCACUAAGACAUGAUUGGAUUGUAUAUUUUUGUAUGAGAGCGCACUGAAAUUUAUCUAUUUUCUUUAUACCAAGUGUUUGAAAGGAUUAAAUUAUAAAAUGUUCCCAGAUCAUGUUUUACGUAAUGAACUUAUUGACAUCUGAUCAAUAUAUUUGAAAGACACAAAAAUAAAUCUAUUUUUGGACUUGGGAGUCUUGAUCUUCACUCGAGGUGUUUCCAGACAUUUAAAAUGCCAAAACAGUCAAUAUUUUAUUUACAACUGAAGAAAAGUAAAUUCGUAAAGACACUUUAAAUACAUUUGAUCUGACAUCAAAAGAAUAUUCAAUGCGGUAGAAUGACAACUUAUCGAAAUGCUGUAACUUAAGCAAAUAAAAAAUAUAUUUGAAAUCUACGGGGCAUUUGGUUUAAUUCACCAGACAAUCUCCAAAUAACCCCAAUAAAAACCCAGCAUUCAUGACAAAACACCAGUCAAUGAAAAUGUCAGAAUACAGAAAUUAUAACAUGCAGUGAUGAUAUGCAGCGACAAAAUAUACUAAUCAGGUGUCUUGAAAUCUCUUUUUGUUAACCAUCAACACUUUUGCUCCCAAAAUACAGCGAAGAAUGUCGUCUCACACAUUGACACUCAGUUACAGCGUUUACCUUUCACACAACACUGGUCAGAAAAGAGCAAAUACAGCAUCGAUAUUUCAGGAAUACAUGUUUAGAAAACUAUAUGCGAUCAUAAAAUACUAAAAAGG